GCCGACAUGCCCGCGCGCCGCACGACACGGCCUGAGCCGUCGCCGCUCCUCGCGCGCCUUGAUGCCUUCAUGCCGGCCAUCGCGAGCGCCAACGCCGCGCUGAGCCAGACCACGGGUGCGGCGGGAUCGUCGUUGGAAGCGGCGAUAGGAACGAGUGCUGGCGCGGGUGUGAGCGCACUGGCCGGCGGGCGCAGCGACGCAUCUCUGCGCUUCAUGGAGGAGGAGGAGGGCGAGGGCGAGGACGAGGAGGAAGAGCUGAUCGAUCCUCAGCUGCUGAGCGACCCGGGCGCGAGAUCUAGCCGAGAUUGCGCCGAGAUCUGGCUGCGACCUGGCGGCGGGCCAUACGUGGAGAUGGACCUGCACUGCGGGGUGUUUGAGAAGGUGGCGGUCGACGAGUCAUCCUCGAGCAGCUCAGAGGAGGACGAGGAGGGAGAGGGAGACGACGGCGGCGGCGGCGGCGGCGGCGGCGACGGCGGCGGCGGCGGCGGCGGUUUGCGUCUUCCGUCGCGGCGCACCGCGGCGGUGGCGGAGGCGCAGCGCGCGGGGCGGACGCUGAUUGCGGAGGUUGCGGGUGGGGAGGAGGAGGCGAGCGACGGCGGGGAGGAGGAGGAGGAGUCGCGUGGCGGCGACACAAGCGGUGGCACCACCGACGCGGCGAGCGGUGGUGCGGGGAAGGGGGCCAGGAAGGGCCGACGCUAGGGCCGACGGUCGUGGCGAGACUGUGACUGAGGGGGGCCACUUGUGAGGCAUGUGGAGCGGUCGCUGACGGCGUGAGAUUGCACUAAAGUAGGGGCUUGUCGUGGCGCGCCCCGGGGUAGUCUUGUGUGGGACGCAUAUAUACGACUGUAACCAUCC